AUGUCACGAAGGCGGGACCACGCGGGUCCAUAUAAAAGUCAAAUUCGCUUGGGACAAGGCAGUACAACACUCACCAAUCAAGAUGAAGUUCGCUCUCACUGUCCUGUCCAUCGUCACCAACACCAAACUAUGUUAUUGCAUUUCCUUUUCUCCUUCCCUUCCAACCAUAACCACCACAAGCUCUUUCCCCAGCUUGCUCUCCUCGCUCUCGUCGCCGUGGCCACCGCCCGCCCCGGCAGCGUCCUGGACCUGGACUUCGAUGACUUCCACAUUGACCAGGAUAUCACCAACCGGGUGAUGCAGGGAACCUACAGCUGGACGUCCCCAGAGGGAGACAAAUUCUUCAUCAAGUACAUCGCCGACAAGAACGGAUACCGCAUCGUCGAGUCCAACGCCGUGCCCGUCACUAACGGCGUCGCCGCCGACGGUAACCAGGGAUCCUUCGACUCCUUCGAGGAUCUCUUCGACUCCUUCGAGGAUCGAUCUGCCUCCUUUGAGGAUCGAUUCGGCAGGAAGUGAGCCGAUUCGGACCCAACCGACCGACCAACACGCGCCCACAACGGACCC